AUGCACGAACGUAGAGCUCAGUGGAGUUACAUGCAUCUACUUUUCCUACUCUUCCUCCUCCUUCUUCGACCAUCGCAUGGAGACUACGUCGUGAAGGAGAUUCCUAAACCUGGACCCUAUCUCACCCUCCUUGAUGAUGAAGUUGAUUUGGAUUUUGGGCACGAUGCAAACGCCAACAACGAUGACGUGGGCGCCGACUUCCUUUUCGUUCGACUGGACUCAACCUAUGGCAGUCCUUUUGCACGUCUUCCACCUACGGAUUUAAGCAACAAUGACACCCUCACCUCCCAAAUGAUUAUGCCCUCAGGUGAAAUGUUCCCCUGGUACUCUAUCACCGGACUGUCUGCUCAACCAACAUCAGUAGAGACUCGCAACUGUCCGUGGAACUCCUCCGCCUGUCCAAAAAAUGAAGUGUACUUACGAUUCAACUUCCUUCUCGUGGAGGAUGUGGAUAGAACGGUCGGUGAAAGAGGUUCAUUCAAUCUUGUCACUGUGGCGCCUUACCUCCACGUUGACUACGAGCCCAUGUCUGGCGUAGUACGGGCCUCAUGGGCCAAUUAUGUCAUCUCGGAGGCCCUCCUUCCUGGUGGCAUUUCUGAUUGGACCACUGUGGAGGUGGUGGUGAAACCAGACACCGCAGAAAUGGACCUCGUUGUAUCAACUCAGGAGGGUGAACAGGCUUUUGGUAGGGUACGUAUGUUCGUCGGUCCUCUAGCCUCGCCAAGUUCUCUUCCCCCGGCUGGCAUUCAUGUUGGACCUACUAAUCAUACUCGACGAGUCCUCACUGCUGUUAGCGUUGUUAGUGAAGAGACAACGCCCCUCAGUCGUUCCCGAAGGGAUAGCUACAGCUACGAGAGAGGCGCCAACGUUUCAGCCUUGAACUUCGAGGGCACCAACGGCUUCGUGCGCUACGAUUUCCGCAAUCGCAUUAAACUUCCGCGGUCGGACGCGGAAGUGGGAAGAGAGGAGGUGGCACUGGAUUUUGUUAUUAAACCGGGUGUCACAUCUGGCCUCCUGUGGUUCGCUGAAGGAGCUGCCUCCAAGAGUUUCAUUGUCAUCAAGGACUCUAAACUCUACUACAAGUACAUCGCGUACGACGAGACCCUUGGAGCCAAACGGACGCUUACUGAAGAAAUAGUCAUCAAUGAGACUCUGGAACCCGGAAAAACACAUCGUCUACGACUGAAUCGUUAUCAGGAUGUGCUUCGAUUGAGCCUCGGCACACAGCAACGAUUCAAGAAAAUUGUCUCUGGCAAAGCACCAUUGAUUCCCGAGAAUGGAGUGAUCUACAUCGGUGGGUCGGACAAUGCUGCAAUUUCAACCGAUGGUGAGGUCGCUCGAAACUUCGAUGGCAGUGUUACUGCAGCCAAGAUCACGCAGGAGGGUUCAGGCAUCACCAACUUGAACAUGCUGGAGUUAAUCCGCGAUCCAGACUGGACACGUGACGUGCUACGCAAGGGUGAUGUGCAAUACGAGUAUCAUAUGCCCUUCCAUCCUUCACCGCGAUUCCGACUGCACGACUCCUCAAUUCUCAUGCCAACAGCAUCAACAAGAGGCCAUGCGGGCAUCACACUGCACACCGCUCCCAUGCCCGUCACUUUCAUGGGCACUCAGUCCUCGGUGGUGCGUUUCGACACCUGGGACUUCUCUGUCUUCCACUCCUUUGAAAUCGAGUUCCGUACCUUCGAACCCAAUGGCGUACUCUUCUUUGUGUGA